UGUCUCUCCCAGAGAAGUACCCAAUGGACCACCACCUCAAUACGCCACUCAAGUGAUGUUAUAUUAUGUGUAGUGUCAAAUCUUGGAGUUGUGACGACGUUGGGAAUUGGUUAAAAGAAAAUGGAUUGGAAGAUUACGUCCCUUUACUUUGUGAGCAGCAUAAGGUUGAUGGACCUGCUUUAUUAGCUUUAACAGAAGAUGACUUGAAGAAUCCACCUCUCAACAUUCAAGUAUUAGGACAUGUUAAAAAACUAUCUUUAAAACUUGGUCAUUUGAAAGAGGAAGAUAUUGAGUGUAGAUUAAAGAGAUACCAUGUUGCUGAUACGGUUAUAGAUGGUUUUAAAACUAGCAGAAAAAGAUUCUCAAAUUUUUAUGAUAGAAAUAAUAAUGAUACUCAAAAUGAAAUUCUCAAACCAGUACUGUGUUUUAUAUAUGCCUUGUGUGUAUCUUUUUUAGUAGCUAUUGGCAUUGUUGUUUGUGAUAACCGUGUUCCAGAUAUUCGUAGGAAUCCACCCUUACCAGAUUUGUUCUUAGACAAUGUAGCCUUUGUUCCAUGGGCGUUUAAAGCCAGUGAAAUAAUAUAUAUAAUAAUGGUCAGUAUUGGUUUCAGCCUUUCCAUAUUUCAUAAAAACAGGUCGGUGAUGUUAAGAAGAUUUUUCUAUAUGCAAGGCACUUUGAUGUUUUUAAGAUUAUUUACUAUCCUUCUAACGUCUUUAUCUGUACCAGGGGUUCAUCUGUAUAAAUAUUGUAAAAAGUACACUGGUGUCCAAGUUAUAUUGCAACAAGCUGUUCAUAUUAUAUCAGGUAUUGGUCUUUCUGUUGGUGGCGUUAGAACUUGUGGUGAUUUAUUUUUCAGUGGUCACACUGUUAACCUGACACUUAUAAACCUUACUAUUAUAGAGUAUUCUUACAAAACCCGUAUUCGUCAUUUGCGUAUUUUAACGUGGCUUCUCAAUCUGUUUGGUAUGCUUUUCAUACUAGCUGGUCAUGAACAUUAUUCAAUUGAUGUCGUUGUAGCAUUUUUUCUUACCUAUGGAUUUUUUAUGUAUUAUCAUGCUCUAGCAUAUAAUCGCUCUUUAAUGCAACGAGAUGCCAAAAGAACAAGAAUAUGGUUGCCUUUCUUCAAAUAUUUUGAAUCAAAUUGUGCUGGUGCUGUGCCUAAUGAAUUUGAGUGUCCCUUGUUUUCAUGGACUUCUUUUAAAAAACGUUUAACAUUUUAUCGAGAUAAUUAUAUUGCUGUUUGAAUAAAAUCAUUCCU